GGGGACGACGACGACGGGCUGGAGUUGGGAGCAGGCCCCGCGGGGCACCGGCUCUCGCCCUCACGGCGAUGCGGCGGGGCUCCCGUCUUCCCCAGCCCGGCAUGGCGCGGUAGUCGAGGGGGAGGAGGAGAAGGCUGGCGAGUCCCGGUAGCGGCAGCGUCGAGCGAGGGGAGCGUGGCCGCCGCUUCCCUCACCUCCGCAGGCGAACUGAAGAAGGGCAAGGCCUGGCCUUUGGGCUGGAAGCGUUGGGGUUUUUGCUCCCGGAGAAGAAUGGCGGCGGCGCUGGCGUUGUGGCUUAGUGUGUAGGAGAAAUGGAGGCGAACAACCAUUUUAAUUUCACUGGCCUUCCCUCUUCACCUGCUGCCUCAGGACAGAAACCUGCGCCUUCCUCAGGGGACAAUGUCUACACAAAUGGAUCUCCCAUGAACUUCCCUCAGCAAGGGAAAAGUUUGAAUGGAGAUAUGAAUGUUAAUGGCUUAUCUACUGUAUCUCAUGCUAGUACUUCAGGGACCCGCUCCUCAACCAACUCACACCUCCAACACCCCUAUGACUAUCUCUGGAACUAUUCUCAGUACCCAUCUGGCAAUGGCAACAACCUCAAGGACAGCCCACUGUUCUCCCAGUAUCCACUGAACGGUAUUGCUGGAGGCAAUCGGCAAGGCUCACCUGGGCACACCACCAAUCUGAGGGGAAGUGGCAGUGGGCAAGAGUUCUGGGCAAACGGCACUCCAGGGACCAUGGGACUUAACUUUGAUUCAACAGAGCUCUAUGACUCUUUCCCUGAUGAUCAGAAUUUUGAAAUCCUGCAAAAUGGCCCAUCCAGCUUCUACACAUCAUCUCAGCCUUCCCCUAUGCUUGGCUCUGGCAGCCAGGACUUCUCACCACAGCAGGAUGAACCAGGCAAUGAGGAGCCAGUGAAGGAAACCUCCUCAGCAGUCUCAGAAAAUGGCAGCAGAUUGAUGGGCAGCAUGGAACUGGAGAACACACAGCCAGAGUUGAAAAUAUGUGGCUACAGUGGUCCUUCUCCUGUUGGUGAGCCUCUUAGCCAGGAAGCUUCUGUCUUGGAACCUGAUGCUGGAGGUGGUUGUCUGGAAGAUGCUUCUCGGAUUCCUCCUCCACUGGAGGACCCCUUGGAACCAUUCGAAUCACUGGACAGAGACCCAGGGACAGGAGAUCUUUAUGAAAUGGAUACAUCCGAGUUGGUGAGUGGCAAAUCUCCUCUGGAGGACCCUCCUGACAUCUCUGCCCUGGAUUGUCCUGGCAGCCCCUCUCUCAACCCUUCUGACUCAUUCAGUCUAUUGGCGGAUGACAGCCAGCCUGACACCUCACUUUUUGGAAAUGCCGGUUUGGCGCCUGUUCUUGAAGAGUCUGUUUUGCAAGACAGCAGCCUGGAGUUAACAGCUGUGAGUGAAGUAGGACAAGAGGGCACAGAAUUUCUGGAUUCACAAGUACCACUUGAACCAGAAGCUCUAGAUACCCCCUUGGAAGAGGUAACCAAGAGCAGUAGCCCAGAAGACUCCACAUCCAUGAUAGAGGGGGACAGUAAAGAGGCCUCAACGUUCAGUGUGUCAGCAAAAAGUGAUGUUCCAAGAAGGCGGAUAGCCACAGCAGAAGAGGUGCGGUACCCUUUAAAGCAUGGGUGGCGAAGGGAGGUGUAUAUCAAGAAGGGAAGCAGCCGUUGGCAGGGAGAAACCUGGUACUAUGGGCCCUGUGGCAAGAGGAUGAAGCAGUUUCCGGAGGUGAUAAAGUAUCUGAGCAGAAACAUUGUGCAGAAUGUCUGUCGUGAACACUUCAGCUUCAGUCCUCGAAUGCCAGUAGGAGACUUCUUUGAAGAGCGAGAUACACCCCAGGGCCUGCAGUGGGUGCAGCUGAUGCCUGAGGAAAUUCCUUCCCGGAUCCAGGCCAUCACAGGCAAACGUGGCCGACCCCGCAAUACUGAGAAAGCCAAGGCCAAGGAAAUGCCCAAGGUGAAACGAGGCCGUGGCCGUCCUCCCAAAGUGAAAGUGCCUGACCUGCUGAGCAAGAUGGAUGCCAGGGUUCUGAAAAGACUGGAAGCCCAAGAGGUACUCAGUGAUGAAGAUAAGCUGAAGAUGAGCAAGAUCAAAAAGAAAAUGAGGCAAAAGGUGCAAAAUAAGCAGAGGCAAGAGGCCAAGGCACUCAAGCCCAAAGAGGUCAAGGCCAAGGAAGUAAAGAAGAAGCCGAAGGUAAAGAAGGAGAAGAUCAAGCCAGAAAAGAAUAAGCCAGAGAAGCUGAAGGAGAAGGCAAAGCUGAAAGAAAAAGUGAAGCCCAAGGAAAAAAAGCUGCCAGUACCAGCCAAGGUUCCCCGAAAGGUGGAUAAGAAUCUUCUAGCUCGGCGUCAGGAAGAACGACAGCGGCAGCAAAUGAUUCUGGAGGAAAUGAAGAAGCCCACCGAAGAUAUGUGUCUAGGGGACCACCAGCCUCUUCCAGAAUUUUCUCGCAUCCCUGGAUUGGUUUUGCCCAGCCAUGCUUUCUCAGACUGCUUAGCCAUUGUGGAAUUCCUACACAACUAUGGCAAGGUGCUGGGCUUUGAUGUAGCCAGGGAGGUCCCCAGUCUGAGUACGCUGCAAGAGGGCCUCUUCAAUGUAGGCGAUAGUUUGGGUGAAGUGUUAGACCUCCUGGUGAAGCUGGUGAAGGCUGCACUGUAUGAUCCUGGCCUCCCUCCCUUCUGCCAGUCACUGAAGAUCCUCGGCGAGAAACUCUCUGAGAUAAGCCUGAACCGUGACACUGUGUCUGAGAUCCUUCGCUGCUUCCUCAUAGCCUAUGGGGCAGAUGAGAACCUAUGUGACUGCUUGCGCACUAAACCCUUCCAGGCACUAGCCCCUGACAAAAAGGCUGCUGUGCUGGCCUUCCUCGUCAAUGAACUUAACAGCAGUGCCCUUAUCAUCAAUGAAAUUGACAAGACCCUAGAGAACAUGUCUAACCACAGGAGAAAUAAAUGGAUCAUUGAAGGAAAGCUGCGCAGGUUAAAGAUUGCUCUAGCCAAGAAGACAGGACGCCCCGAGUCAGAAAUCACAGGCUUGGAGGAAGGGCGGUGGCGGCGGAGCUCACGCAUCAAUGAAGAGAACGAGGACAUGGAAAUGGAGGAGGAGAGAAGCAGAACAUGCAGGACACGGAAAGACAGUGAGCAUGACACUCCAGUUUCCAGUGUGCCUGAGCUGGAGAGACAAAUUGAAAAGCUUUCCAAGCGCCAGAUGUUCUUCCGCAAGAAGUUGCUCCAUGCUUCACAGCUGCUACGGGCUUCAUCCCUGGGGCAAGAUCGAUAUCGACGUCGGUAUUGGGUGCUGCCUCACCUAGGUGGGGUCUUCGUAGAAGGCUGUGAGGCUUCAGCAGCAGCUUCCCCUGAGACACCCAAGAACGUGCCAGAGAAGGAAGAGGCCCUGAAGGAGGAAGAACCCGAGGCAUUGCCCAUCAAACAAGAGACCACUGAGACUCCACCGGUUACUGAUUACGUAAACGGCACAACUUCUUGGUCAUGGAGCCGGCCGUGGAGGGACAAUAUGCUGCUGCCUGAGUCGUCGGAGCCCAAGUUGCCAGAGCCCGCCCCCAUGUCUGUCAAUGGAUUUUUGGAGGAUUGUGUGCCCAUGGGCCAAUCCCAGCAUGACCUCAGCCAGUCGGCCUUCCUGUCCUGGCUCAGCCAGACACAGCAGGCAUCCUCUCUGCUCAACAGUUCUGUGCUUACCCCAGACAGCAGCCCUGGCAAAGGGGACCCCUUACCCCCAGAUGAGCUGCCAGACUCUGCUGCAGAGGAUGAAAGUGCCACAGAAACACAGGUUGCCUGGUUCAAUCUGCUGCCCCGGGCACCCUGUAAUGACUCUCCAAUUACUACCUCCGUUGAACAACCCUCUAUAAAAGCUGCCCCACAUACCUGCAAGCCCCCGACCAGGGACCAGUCAAAGGCCUCGACCCGGCAGCUGAAUGGCCUUUCCACCGCCAGCCCAGCAUUGCCACAACUGGCCUCCACCCCUCUCCAUUCCAGCUCCAGGAUUCACAGUACUUGCUCCUCAAGAGCCAAGGACGUCCCCGUUAAAGCCCAGGAACCUCUAGGGCAGCCGAGACGGCGGGGGCGCCCCCCUACAAAACUCUUCAAGCAAAUUGAGCAGAAAUAUUUGACACAGUUGACAGCACAGCCUAUACCUCCAGAGAUGCAGAGUGGCUGGUGGUGGCUGCAGGAUCCAGAAGAGCUGGAAGCCGUGGUGCAGGUACUGCACCCACGAGGCAUCCGCGAGAAAGCCCUGCACAAGCACCUUAUCAAGCACAAGGAGUACCUACGGGAGGUGUGUGCCCGAGCUGCCAAUGAUCCCAUCUUCCAGACCCAUCCUGAGGAUUCCGCCCACCCUGUCUCUCAGGAAACCUUGGCCCAGUGGUCGAUGGCUGAGCGGGCCUUUGAGGCAGACCUGUCUGUUCUGCAGUGGGUGGAGGAGCUGGAGCAGCGGGUACUCAUGGCUGAUCUACAGAUCCGAGGCUGGACAAGUCCAGAACCUGAUUCUGUUCGGAACGACUUGCAGUACUGUGAGCAUCAGCUGGAGCUUCUGGAAGACAUCACCAUAAAAAACCGGCGUGAAGGACCAGCUAUGAAGCGUGAAACCACCAACCCUUUAGACCUAGCUGUGCUUCGCCUGACAGAGCUAGAGCAAAACUUGGAGCGGAGAUACCUCAGAGAGCCCCUCUGGCCUCCUCACGAGGUGGUGGUAGAAAAAGCUUUGCUGAGUAACCCCAGUAACCUUGAGCUGGGUACCACAGAAAUUUCAUACGAGAUCACACCGCGGAUGCGAACGUGGCGCCAGACCUUGGAGAGAUGCCAUAGUGCAGCCCAAGUUUCUCUGUGCAUCUACCAGCUGGAGCGUUCUGUUGCCUGGGAGAAGUCCGUUGUCAGAGCGACUUGCCUAGUGUGCCGGAAAGGGGAUGAUGAUGAGAACCUGCUGCUAUGCGAUAGCUGCGAUCGUGGCUGCCACCUCUACUGCCACCGGCCCAAGAUGACCGAGGUGCCGGCCGGUGACUGGUUCUGCUUCCUCUGCAUCGCUCAGAUGCAAAGAGAAUACCAGGAUGACUAUGGCUCUCCACGACGCGGCAAGAAAAGAAAAGGUGGAAGUUCUGGGGCUUUUUUUGGAAAGGAGGAGCUCAGGCCCCGAUCUCGGUCAGCGGCAAACCAGCAGCGCAGUAACCUGGCCAGCGUACCGCCCCGAUACUCGGGUGAAGGCCUAUCUCCUUCCAAGCGAAGAAGAGUGUCUACACGAGGCCAGAGUGCCGACCUCACCUUCUGCGAGAUCAUCCUGAUGGAGAUGGAAUCGCAUGAAGCUGCCUGGCCUUUCUUGGAACCAGUUAACCCCCGGCUAGUGCCUGGCUAUCGGAAAAUCAUCAAAAACCCUAUGGACUUUGCCACCAUGAGGGCACGGCUGCUGCGCGGCGGGUACACAAGUUGUGAGGAGUUUGCUGCUGAUGCUGCCCUGGUGUUCGACAACUGCCAGACCUUUAAUGAGGAUGAGUCCGAGGUGGGCAAGGCAGGGCUGACCAUGCGCCAGUUUUUUGAGAGCCGGUGGGAGGAGUUUUAUCAGGGAAAACAGGAGACAAACCCAUGAAGCUGGCAGAAUGGGGAGAGAUGAGAGGAGCCAAAGGCGAAGCCCUCCCAUUUCAAAACCCUGUGCUGCACACUGUCUCUUCUGGAGCUCCAUCUUGCUACCUGCUGAUUAAUGUUUCCCCCUCUCACAAUGAUUGGACUUGGAUUGGCAUUUAACGAUGGGGCGGCUUCACUCACCGCCUGGAUCCUCAGAAGCCCCCCCGCCCCCCUCACUUCUUCGCUCUAAACAACACAAACUCUCUGAACUGUGUAAGCCAAAAAAAAAAAAAGUUUCCUUUUUUUCAAAUGGAGAAACAACCACCCACAACCCCAGCUUAGCUGGGGCUAUUUAAUAAUAGCAAUAGUUCUUAGUGAAUGUGUAAGAACACUUUUUUCUGUGCAGUGUCAGUACCAUGCAUUAAUGGCCAGUAACGUGAACGUUAAGUUUUUCUCCUUUUUAGAGUCGCGUUGAAAAUGUAUAAAGCAGAUCACUCCUGCCUCUGGGAAUGACAACCUUGAUGACACUGAAACAUGCUGCUUCUACCCCCCACCCCACCCCUUCGCCCUUUCCAACUCUGUCUCAACCGGCCUCUUCUCCCCACCACUGCUGAACAACCACUGUAGCCGUGGACGGUUCCUUCCCCCAGUUUCCAAUGAUCUUUCUGAAACCAAGGGUAUAUGGCUUAGAGCUGGUGUUCAUCUGGAGUAGUUGGGAUGUCGAGGUACUUCUGCCCAUGUGAAUGCAAGAUGUACUCCCUUCUCAAGGGUAUCACCCCUGUGAGCCACAUUCUCUUGGUUCAACUAAGAUGGGCUGCUUCCAGAGGGGUAGUCAUAGCUUGAGCUCUUUGUAUGAAAUUGGGGUCUUGCACUCAUAUAUUUGGUUAAUCUUCAUCACCCCCCUUGCUCAAUAUUGGUUUAUUCCAGAUUUAGUUUCUAAGGGAGUUGAACAAAAUGGGAAUAAUCCAGAACGAGUGUGUACCAAGAAGACAGUAUCAACCAGAUAAUCCCCCCUCAUGCAAACCACAGUUUAGCUGGAUGAACCUUCCUGCUAGCCUCUUCCCCACCCCUGAUUCCACAGGGAACACUUCAGCAGGGGCAGCUCAUGAGUCCAUUGCAGUGCCCAAGUCUCAGCUGCAAGAAUACAGCUCAUUUCCCCCUCUUAGUCGUGGGUAACAUUGCUGGAUUGUAUCACUAGGCUUCAAGGGACCAAAGUAAAGGAGCUUGCAGGAGUGGGGUUGAUGUAACCUGCGUUUUGGGAGGAAGGAUUUUCUGAUGCCCCCUUCCAGCUCUUCAGAAGAUCAUGUCAUGGGAUUCUGGCCUUAUUGAGUGUUGUCCCCACCCUGUCCCCUGUCCCCCAGCUCUGCCCCAGCGUUAUUCCUCAGGGAUGGCUACUGUCUACAAAGUUCGAUCUGCAAUCUAUCUGUACGUUUGGUAGGAUUGUUGUUUCCUGCCUUGGAACACCAUUCCCAAUCUAUCGUAGGUAUUUCCUCCUUGAGACAAGAUGUGGGAUUAAGCCCAUUAGAAGGGAGGGAAAACUGCCACCAUUUCAUCUUCCUCCAUGUUAGGUUCCUGUCUCCUGACCAUAUUUUUAACCUGUGGGGUCUAAAUCGUGCUGCCUCCUUUGGUUACCUUGACUGAGAUUCAAUCCAGAAGGGCAGCUUUGGACAUUACAUGCAAGUGAAAGGACAAAGCUGCUUCCACCAACUAUGGCCUUUGCAGAAUGUCCACAGCUGCCCUCAGUCUAAAGAUCUGGAAUUCAUAGGUAUUUCCUUUCAGCUUUUGUCUACAUUUGCUACAUAGUAUUUUACCUUAGAUCGCCACUCAUACAUACCCCAUGUGAACAUUCUUAACAUUUUAGCCUUUUUUCUAAACCCUUUUCCAACUGGAUUCUGAUGGUUUUCAGAGGAGAAAUAAUCGCGGUUCCAUUCAUCGUUAUUUUUGCCACGUGGGCAAGAGUAGCCUCUUUCAAUGAACUACCAUUAACUCCAGUGCCAGAACCACCAAAACCAGAAUUUGUUUUGAAGCUGCCUGAGCAGGUAUAGAGCGGUCUGUGGAGGGUCCCACCCCCAGGCCCUGUUCCAUUGAAGCAAUGGAUUGCUCCAGCUUUGGCGAAUGACUUAACAACCCGCACAGUCCACCAAGAACAGCUCUUGCACAAGCUUCCAUGGAGAUGAAUGUGCAGGUAUGGGAUGCUUUGCUAUCCAACCUGUGCAGGAGACAUUCUGGUGGAUUGUUGCCAUAUUAAAGCGUGAGAAGGAGCCUGAUGCGAAUAAGCAGUUGUGAUACUUUCUGUCUUUGGGUUUCUGGUGCUAAGCGCUUGGCAGAUUCAAAUAUUUGUGGCUGAAACCAGGUGAUGUUCAAUCCUUCCCGCUCCCACUUGGUGCAAGAGGGAAUGCGGUUUUAACAAAGUCUUUAAAAAUACAUGUUUAGGUCUCUAGCCUUUUUUAAAAGAAAAAUACCCCAAACAGUCCACAAGGCAGUUGUUAAACAAGCAUAAUUGGUCAUCUCGUUUCUUGCAAUUCAGCACCUCUCCAUCAGUCACCCCCCUCACGGUGCACGGAUGCCUACUAGCAAUCUGUAUUCGAAGUAAUAACCUGGUUCCAAAGCACCAGCCUCACACUGUUGCUGAGCAAUGGUUUCUAAGGAGACUGCUGUCUGGGAAACAGAUUCACCCGACCCUUGUUGUAUUCAGGAGUCAUAGGCUUACAUCCUAGUCCACCCCAGCUGCCUCUGUCCUGGAACAGGGGUGUUGCUGCCGUUGGUUUUUCUCCAGUCUGUUUCAGGAUGCUGGUCCAGUAUUCUUGGCCGUGGUGCAGAUGCAUAGGAGGCAUAUAGGAGAGAUAAAAGAGGAAACAACUUGUUUCUUUCACUUUUCUUCCACCACCCAGGUGGAUCGGAGUGGUAGGAAGGCCAUCUCCUGUAACCUUAACUCCCUAGCUGCUUUUCAUACCCAGCCUAGCUCCUCAAACCAUUGUAAAUUACGGGUAUCACUUAGGGGCAGAUAAACGGCUGGCAGGGUUCCAUCAGGAGAUGGCUUUCCUCCCGCAUUUCCACCUGUGCUACAAUUGAAUGAGGGGGGUGUGUGUGUUUGUGUUUUCCCCCUACCCGCGUCGACCAAUCCAGUUGCAAGAGCACUGAUGUAAGUAAAAUGCAGCCACAGGUGAUGUAGCCUGGAGACUGAAACCUCCCUUACUGUGCUUCCUCUACCCCAACCUCACUCCCCACCCCGUUGUUUUCAACAAAACGUAGCCUUUUUCUAUCAAAUAACCUCAAACUUUAUUUUAUUUUAAAUUUUGGGAUUUUUGUUUUGUUUUGUUUUUGCUUUUAAAAUAAAGAGGUAGAUUUGAAGUCUAUUUGAAACUGACUUUAUAUUAUGCAUAAAUAUUUAUAUUUUAUCUAAACUUGUGCUGUAACAGCUUCUUUUUGGUGGGUUUUUUUUUUUUAAAGUAAUGUUUUCCCCCCCCCGAUCUGUUGGGAUUUUUUUUCUCAGCUAUGAGAAAGCUCUAGAGAGUUUGGAAGUGUUAAUUGUUGGGCUUUUGUUUUGUUUUGUUAUGGAAAUGUUAAAAUUUUUAGAUUCAAACCCUCACACCUUAAAAGAAUGAAUCCAGGUUUGUCCUAAUCUUGAUCUUCAUUAGGGGAGUCAGUGUAUAAAAUACCUUGUUGUUUUUUGAAAGUUACAUGCAUUUCCCCCCCCAACUGGAUUUUGAGAAUUGCAACUAGAAUAAUUGGCCUUAUCAUCCAACUACUGGCUUUUUCUUCCCCCUUCAUCUUGAUUUGAUAUCAGAAAGGAACCAACCAACCCAACAUCCUGUGAGAUGCUCUGAACAGCAGGAAGAGGGACAUCACACUUUUUAUAUGAAUAACCAAAUGUGUUUGUUUUAGUGAAUUUUUGAUAAUGUACAGUUUUUUGUGAAUUUAAAUUGAUUUCUUUCUAUAUUUUUAGGACCAACCUCAUUUUUAAUAAGGUUUAAAAGGAAGAAAAAAAAAAAUCUAGAAUUCCUGUUUGUUUCCUUGUGAUGUUUCCACAAGUACAGAUGUUAGAGUGCUUGUCAAGUUUCAAAGAAUAAACAAAAAAACAACCCA